AGGCAGAAUUAUCGUCCUCACCCAGCUCUGGUCACACUGAGUCGAAACUGAAACUGAAACUGGCUGGAUGUGCGGAUCGUGUAUUUAAUAAUUUGUUGGCCAUUUUCGCAGACUAACUUAACUCGCCGGAAUUAGUUAGUCAUAAAUUAAAGGCGCGCCGGUCCGAACGGUACUUCGCUCAUACAUUGCUAUUUAGGCUGGCGAAAAGAAAAAACCAAAAUGCCGAAGGCGAAGUGAAAAAAAAAGCGAAUAUACACAAAUAUGCUGGUCAACUCGGAGCAAAAGUGCUAAAUUCACGAAUAAAACAAGAGGAUUUAAGCCCAAGUGCCGGAGGAAAAGCCAACUGCUGUCUGUGCGGCGGCGACUCAGUGAAUUUUCCGUUUUCCGACCCCGCGACGAGGGUGGAAACGCGUGAAAAACCGAAUCGAAAGUCCUGCGUGUGUGUGCAAAUAAUGUGAAUAAGAAUAAGAAAAGCCUGGAAAAACAAAGAGUUGGCCAAUAAAUAAAUUAAGGCAGUCGAAACGAAAAGAUGGGCAAACAGGCGCAAUGUCCGAUGCGCGGUUUUUAGUGCGGGAGCAGCUCAAGAAUCCAGUUUCGGGCUGCAAGGCGUGUCAGGAUUGAAAUCGAACCACCACCAACACACCAACUCCAACAACAACAACAGUAGCAGCAGCAGCAACAACAGCGAAAACAGCCGCUUUGAGCCAAUUUCGUUGGCCCUUUUUUCCUGGUCAUUCCUGUUUGACUUCAUUUUCACCCAACUUUCGCCGCAGAAUUUCGCAUAUCGCAAGACAAAAUGUCGACGCGCUCACAAUUAACCAAGGACCUCAACGAAAGCGUCAAGUCCAUUCUGGGUCGCCACACAAAGAUACUGGUCAAGUAUAUGGUCAAAUUGGAGACGAAAGGCGAUAAGACGGAGAAUCGUGUUCUGGUUUUCACUCCCGUGAGGGUCUAUUUGCUCAGUGCCAAAGUGCCCACCAAGAUCGAAUGCCAUUUCCACUACCUGGACAUUGUGGGCGUCGAGAGCAAGAAGUCCACCCACUUCUCCAUUGUGACCAACGAUCGGCCCUACUCGUUCGUUACCACCGGCGAUGCGGGCAAUUUCAGCUCGAACGCUGAUGUCAUUCUAACCGACCUGGCCUCGGCCAUCAAGCAGAUAUUCCCAACAGUUCCUCUAAAGUACAUCAUCAGAAAGAUUGAUAUACAGCCACCGGAGCGGGAGACCAUAUUCUCCGAGGAAUUCAGACCCUCCGAUCCCCGAAAUGUGGGUCCCUGUGGUGGAUUCAGUGCCCAGUACGCCUGCAUGUGCGAUUUCCACGGCGUUCCCUAUCGCGAGGAGGUGGCUUGGGAUGUGGACACCAUCUAUCUGUCGCACGACACGCGAGUCCUCAACUUGCGCGACUUUGACCACCUGGAGCCAAAAGACUUGAUGGCCAUCGUUUCGGCGCUGGAAUACAACACGUUCUUUCGUGGCCUGAAGGCAGCCCACAUGCGAUUGUCCCACGAGACCCUGGAACGCAUCCUGCACGUCCUUAAGCGUUCGAUGUGGCUGGAAGAGCUGCACCUGGAGGCAUUGGGCUUAAGAUGGGAUUUCCUGAACAAGUUAUCGAUAUCUGUGAUAACGAAUAGCAAUCCCGCCAUUCGCACCAUCGAUCUGAGCCACAAUAUAAUUGAGGAUAAAGGAGCAAGUUCAUUGUGCGCCCUAUUUGGAAAGAUUGUACAAGGUGCCAUUCAUUUGGCUGGGCCCAUAGCCAAGGUAUCCAAGGGCCUAUGCAAACUGGCCUUGGCCCACUGUGGACUAACUUCGAAGGGCGUCAACCAGAUGUCGCAUUCGCUGACGCUCAAUCAAAGUAUUUCCAACUCGCUCACGUAUCUAGACCUAAGUGGUAAUAGUCUCAAAGAUGAUAUAACCAAUUUGCACAAUUUCCUGGCUCAACCCAAUGUGCUGGAGCACUUGGAUCUCGCCUCGACUGACAUCACGCUGGAAAAUUUGUUUGGAGCUCUGUUGCGCGGCUGCGCCACGCAUUUGGCCCACCUGAACGUGUCGCACAACUCGUUCAGCACGAAGAAGGGCAAGGAGAUACCGCCCUCAUUCAAGCAGUUCUUCACCAGCACGUUCAGCUUAAAGCACCUCAACAUUGCCGGCUGCAAACUUCCCAUGGAGGCAUUGAAGAACCUGCUGCUUGGCCUGGCCUGCAACGAGUCUACAGCCGGACUUUAUCUGGAUCUCAGCAGUAACACGCUGGGCGCCCAAGGUGCCCAUGUGCUUGAAUCCUGCAUCCAUGGCGUGCGAGUUCUGCAAAGCCUAGACAUCAGCGAUAACAAUCUUGAUGCUGAGCUAGCGCCCGUGCUGACAGCCAUUUCGAAGAAUCCCUCGAUUCGGACGCUUCACCUGACCCGCAGUCUAACGGGCAUGAAGCCGAAGCACAUUCCGCCCGUUAUGGACGCCCUGGUGAACCUCAUCCAGAAGGACGACUUCCCGCUGGUCGAGCUGGUACUGUCGGAGAACAAACUGAAGCACGACCUGCACGACUUCAUCAACGCGCUGGGCAGCAACCAAAGCCUUCAGAAGCUGGACAUCAGUGGAAACUUCAUGGGGGAUGUGGGCGCCCGACUCCUGGCCAAAGCUCUGCAGAUCAACAACCGGCUGCGUACCAUAUAUAUGGACAAAAACGGAGUGACGUUGCAGGGCUAUGCGGAUAUCGUUUACGCGUUAGAGCACAACCACAGCAUGCGCACCAUUCCCUUUCCCGUUUUCGAUAUUGCUCCGCAUCUGAAGAGCCACCCGGAUAAGACGGAUGCGGUGAUGCGUAAGAUGCAGGAGCUGCUGCAGCGCAACUGCAAUGGAUUGAAGCGGGCCACCGGACAAGGAUUCCGGCUGCAGCACGGCUUCAUGCUCUCCUCCACGCACCAGCUGGUGGAUAAGUUGGUGGCCGAGACGCAGGACACCAUUUCGCUGGCCAAGGGAGGCAGUGAAUCCGCCUCGGCGGUGCAGCGCCUGAUUACCGACGCCGAAAACUGCAAGCAACUGAUGCCAAAGCUGCAAGAGGCCGUUCGCAACGACAGUCAUCCCAUCGAAAUGAAGCUGACCCGAGUGGCCAGUGAACUGAGCUACACGAUUAAGAGUUAUCUGGAGGAGACCCUGGAGACGAUGAUGCGCACUGGCAUCGAGCAGUGUCCCAAAACGCUGGGCAACCAGAUCGUAGUUCAGGAUCUUCGAAAGGCUCUCGCCGAGCGUUUGGUGGUGCCCGAGGAAUUCCUGCAGAUCUGUCUGCUCAACAACGCCGGCAGCGAGAUUAUGAACAAAGUUGGUGAGAUCGAACAAUCCCUGGCCGCCGCCAUCUCAGAUCGGGCUACGGAUGAGGUGCUGGAUGCCCUGACCCGCUACCGCCGUGGCAUGGGCAUUGCGGAGUCGCCAUCGGUGCUGCUGGACGAACCGCAGACGCCGGACAUCGUGCGCAGUCGCUCCAGUCAUGAUGCGGAUGGUUUGAUCAUACGACCGGGUGGACGAGGCUCGAUAUUGCCCAAACUGGGCUUGGAAUCGCCCACUAAAUUGGAAUAUCUCAACCUUGCCACACCGCAUCUGCCCACCAAGCGACGCAGUCUGGCAAAGAAGGUGCGUCCCCAGUCCGUGGUGGAGAAUCUCAGCCUGGGCCACUUCCCUGACCUCCUGGAGUCACCCUCCUCGCACCGCUCCAACUCCCAGUUGUCUGCCCGUGCAGCUGCAGGUGCCGCCGCCUUGGUGGGAGCCGCCAAUAUGACCGACAGCAUCGCUGUGGACGACGGAGGAGUGGAUGAGUGUUGCGACUCCAUCACCGAGCUGCCCAGCGCCUCGUUCCAGCUCCAGCAUCUGGUCAAAGGUCGCCCAAAGCGGGCCAAAACGCGUGCACCCACUCGGCCGUUGGUCACCACCGAGUGUGCCGGGGGCAGCAGGGAAAUUGGCGAAGGUUUGGAACACUUCUUCCGGCCCGGUUCUGUUACGCCCACUACCCUGACUCCCCUAGUUUCUCCUACGUCGGAGGAAUGCAGCUCCUUGUCGUUUGUGGACAGUCCCACGAUGAGCCGCGAUGGGAAUGGACACAUGACCUCCGAGGAGACCACUCCCAUUCUGGAGGAACGCCGACCAAUUAAAUUGGAGCGCCAGUCGCCAUUGCUCAAAAGUGCGUCAUGGGCCACCCGCUCCCGGUCCACGGACAAUCUAGAGAAGUAUUCGCCACUGGUGGGUCGUAAGUCCCCGCUGGUCAAGAUGCGAACAGAAGGAGGUCCCGGCUCGGGAUCUGCCGGCGGCGCUGAGGAGACGUCCAUGCCCAGUUCUAAUCUGCUUAAGGCAACCGCCAGAGAGGACAAAACGCGUUCGCCCAGCAGCGAUUCGAUCAAAAGCCAUGCCGCAGGCGAGGGUAGUGUGAUUGUGAAGACUGGCAACGGCAUCCUGCGAACACCCAUAGUUCUGCAGAAGCCGCGUCCGUGGUCAGUUGUGGGAAGCGAGCCAAAGGCAGGAGGGGAUCUUAUUACAGGCAAUGGGAAUGCCGACUCCAGCAAGACCACGCCGGACAAACUAGAAGAAGAUGACGUCGAGGUAGUGACAUUUGGAAAUACCUGCAGUGGCUCAAUUGUUGGCAUCACGCCGGGCAUAGCUUUAUCCACCAGUGGCGGUGGAAGCAUUGUGGGCAUUACACCAGGAGGUGCCCUCGAAAAGAAGUCUGUGCGAGAACUAGCAGCGGGUCUCAACAGAAUGGAACUCCCCCUAAAGCCGCCCGUUAUGCCAAGAACCCUGCUGAACGCGACGAGUGCGCGCACGAGCACGUCCUCCACAGGCUCAGGCUCAGGCUCCACCUCCAAUAGUGUAUCAGUCAGCUCAUCCACGACCGCCAACACUUCGAUGACAGUAUUAAACCAGAGCCAGACCCGAUCACGGAUCGUGAGCUCGACCAGCAGCACUGGCAGCACCGAGACCAUCACAGAGCGCAGCACCACCAGCACUAGCAGCAGCUCAUCCAGCAGCCACGAGAAGCAGCAUGCCAAGGCCUGUGCCAAUUUAAUCAGCAACGAAAUCCUCAGUAUGCGCAACGGACAGUUGGGCGCCAAGUCUGGAAGCUGCGCUGAAAGUGGUGGUGUGAAGCGGAUCGCCGGCAAGGAGAUCUCCACGCUUUUCGAGGAGACAUUAGUUGAAGAACUGCAGCAGAGCAUGGCGACCAGACGCGGUUUUAGAGACUCGGCCUACACCAAGGAGGAUGUCGUUGAUUUAUAAGUGUUCUAGUUAUAUGCUCAACAUUCCCUCACGUCGACCCCUAGUCCUUCACCCAACCUGCCACAGUUUCACGUGAUAGAUAGUAGGGUUGAUGAUAACGUUAAGUGAUGAUGAUGAGGAGGAGAUGAGAUGAGAUGAGAUGGUGGGGACAGAAGGAUAGAUGGAAACAAGGUUGCAACUUAUCGUACUGAACCAUUAAUUUAUGUGCAAUGCCGCGUGUGUGUUGUUUUUAUUUGGCAAUUUAGAAUGAACGUGAUUUAUUUAUUGAUACAAACCCUGAUACUUUUAUCCAAAUUAACCUUUGCAUAUUUUUAAAAAUGUUUUGUGUACUAUAUUUUAUAUUUUUAUGUAUUUAAAUGAGUUAAGUGCCAAUUAUAUACAGAAUUAAUCUACAAAUAUUUUUAGCGUGUGCUAUACAACAAUUUCAAUGAAACUAACGAAAAUAACGCAAUGAAUAUGAUACACUAUACAUAUUAUGUAAUUCGAUUGCGUGUAUAAGAACUAUUUUAAACCUAAAAAAAUCUAAAUGAAAUAUAAUAUUUUUUAUAACUGCUUCCAAAUACAAACUUUAUGGUUUAUUAUUUCCCCUUUUCUGUUUACCUCGCCUAUACACAUACUUAUAGUAUUUGAGCGACAAUCCGUUUUCAAAUUAUGAGGCGCGUUAUGCCGCCAGAAACAAAUGCAUUUAUUUAGAAACAAAGCGGAGACCGACGAUCUUAUUGAUUAUUUUCUAAAGAGUUAACAAUUUACGAUAAGAAACUAGGCGAAAACGAAAACGAUAUAAAAUUACUAAGCCAUUUAACGACAGAAAACCGUAAUCUAUAGAAAACUAAUUCCCCUUAUCGCAAAACGAUCAACUUCAAUUUUGAAGAUCUAGUAGUUUGCACCAACGACACAGGAAAUGUUCAGAGAAGCGUUUAAACUUUAAACCAGUCCACCACCGACCACACACUUCGAGUUUUGAGUGUAUCCCGUUCUCAUUCAACUUCAAAUCCCCGAAACGAAAUAAGAAAAACUUAACGUGUUCAUUAAAGUUAAGCAAUUAAAACAUCAUUGUAAUCUAUUGAAAUUCAAAUUAAACGGAAACGAUAUUGGA